CCAGUACGUAUAGUCCUAUAAUUCCUACGAAAUACUGAAAUUUUAAUUUCCCUUAAUUGUUUCACCCUUUUAACCCUUGUGCGCUGUAUUGUUAUCAUAUUUUAUACGAUUAAUAUAGCGAUGGUUAUUGGUAAGGGACAACAGAGACUAAAAAAUUAAUUUUAAAAUUAGACGCUCCAAAAAAAAAUUGCAGAAAGCAGGUGGCAGCCACUCGCCGGGUUGGGUAGGUCAUUGCACGUCGUCGUUAACCUCCGUGCUCGGCUCUCGUCGUAAACAGGACGCGUUGAUGUGAUUACCUACACGUGAUGACAACAAAGUAAAAACCGAAAACAACAAACGUCGUCGGAAAAAUUAAAAAACCUAAAAAAGUAAAAACAUAACAACAAUACAGACACUCGUGGCUUAUCACAUAUUCACACGCCCGCUAAAACGUUUACAGUACCUACCCAAGUUAUAAAAUCGAAGUAAGUAUUAAUAUAUCUGCUAUGUCGUUUCGCAAAUUUUUCUUAAGAGACAACGGGAAGCAUCGCAACAUGGACUCCGGCGGGAAAAAUGACGAAUCAACAACAAACAAAGAUGAGGCAAAACAGGGGCAGCAUGAUGCUCACAAACAUCACGACAUAAUGGGUGAAAUUGUACUAGGCCAAGAACUACCCGAUAAUGUGAAGGACAAUCAUAAUGGAGUUGAUUUGGUUGAUAAUCAAGUUAAAGAAGUAAAUCCACAUUCUGAGAGCUUGGACACAUAUCAAAUCGACGAGUAUGAUGACUACAUGGAUGAAGAUAUUAAUAUCAUUACAGCUACACUUGAUAUUUAAAAACCUACUCAUAGGUAUUAAGUUAUUCGUGAAUCGUGAUCCACAUUUCUACUGCAUUAUUGCAAAAUAUUUAAUUUCACAAUUUCAUACUUAGUCUAUAUUUUUUUUUUGGUAUACCGUAUUAGACAUAAUAACCAUAAAUAUUUAUUAGUUAUCUUAUUAAAUACAUUCUUAACAAUAAGAAUGUGUUACUAAACUACGCGUUUACGUGUUAUGUCGUUUUUAUUUGUUCGAAAUCACUUAUACGAAAAAAGUCCUUAUUGUUUCGAAAUCUAUUAUUAUUUGUGUUUUUCAAAGUUUAAUAACUUUUUUGAAAUUACAAUAUCAAAAAAAAUAAAAACUAUAUUGCACAGCCAAAGUUCUCCUUUAAAUGUGGUGAAAAUAUCUUUUCUUAGUCAUGAGUUAUGACUGUAGCCUUCUUGGUUCUUUCCCGCGUAAAACAGUUUUUGCUAUGCCGUACAUGUGUAAGACGGAGACAACAAAUUCCGGUGAAACGUCUUCUUAAGCAAAAUCCUAUCUAAUGGCGCCGGAUUAAUAAGGUUUUACUGAAUCUGUAUGUUUUAAAAGCUUUUCUUCAACUUAUAUUUUGUUGUUAAGUUAUAUCACUACCUAGUACCUAUAUCACAGAUUGAAAUAGUGAUUGUAAAAGAAAAAAUUUCCAAUUUCCAAUGUUUAAUAUUUAUAUUUUAAUAUUAAUACCUACUAAUUUUUUUAGAUAAGUAAAUAGAUAAUUAAUAGUACUAUUGAAACGACUUUAAACUUAUAUACUAGGUACAUAGAAUAUAACAUACCGGUUAUGAGUUUUUUGAUAUAGGUUCCUUACAUUAAUUUACUAGGUAGGUAUCUAUUAUUAACUAUUAAUAGUAUAUUUAAAAUGUUAAGAGAUUAUUAAUUAUUAUUCCUAAUAAUAUGAUGUUCA